AUGCUAGAAGACGUAGAGGAUGAUGAGCCAGCAUUAAAUCCAGAUAUUUUCGAUAACCAUAAAGAGGGCGUUUACGAUAAUUUAGUUCCCAUACAGAACUAUCCCUCCUCCGGCUAUAAUACAUUCAGCUCUAAGUCUCAUUAUGAACAGCGGCGAGCCCAGUCAACGAAACCAACCCCUCGCUUGCUGAUUGACGCGGGAAAAUCAGCUUCUGAAGGGUUCAGCAGCAAAGCAUUCGACCCCGAAUUCAUUAAUAAAAUGAAGGAGAUCGAAAGAAUUGCCCGUCAGGUAGACGCUGAACUCGGACAAAUCACUUCACCUCACCCUGUCGCGCCUCUGGGCGAAGAUGCGAGAGAAAUCGAAGACGCAAUUUUCAGAAUUUCCGAUGAACUCUUGCAUUCGCGACCUAUAACAGAGGCACAAGCAGAAGCUAGUGAAGAGUUACUCAGAACUACGCUAGCUGACAUGAUUCUGAAUCCUAGUAGAACAGCUGAGGAAGAAAUGGAGCUGAUGAGGAGGCCCAUUAGGCUGCUGAAACGGAAAUUGUCUGAUUUUGAAAACUCGCUUAUGGAAGAUGUGGAAGUGACAAAGAUUACUGAGCAAUCACUUGUGCCAUCUACGGUUAUAUCGCCUAUCGAAGAUGGUUCCGACCUGAUUGCAAAAACUCGCGUACCCAGCGCAGAUUACCUCAGGGUAACCCCAUUGACAACGAACAUCAAAGAGCAGUUGUCGUGUCUUGAGGAGAUGAUAAACAGCAUGGGUACUGAAGCCAUUGAAAGGGGUUCCAAGGAGGAAACUCCCUCAGACUCCACAAGAAGCGGUACGCGAAAGAAACGUGAACUUCACGACUUGCUCGUGCAGAUAAAUAAUGAAAUGAACACUAUAAAAUCGUUCUGCAAAUCGAAGCUUUCCAAAAAAGGAACCGAUACCGUAGUGUCAGUACUUCAGAAGGUCAAAGCACAUGUGAAUAGCAUAGUGAACGUAAUCUCAAUUUCAAAGAAGAAACAGGAAAUCCAAAAGUAUGACGCUUAUACAUCGCUGAAUUUGGAGUUCUUCCGUUCGCCAGCUAAAGAAAGGAUUGAUGCGAUUAUGUUCUACAAAAAGACUUCGCUUGAGUCUUCCAUGGUCCAACAAACGUCGACGGCAGCAUCAACCAGUGACGACACCUGGAGAUAUUCGACAGAGCUAAAGACAUCUACUGAGAAAACUUCAGAUAGUAAAUCUGAAUCAAAAGCGGAACGGAAAUCGUCAGAGGAGACACUGAAAGCUGAGCCCAUACCGAAAGCGCCGCCACGAAGACGACGCACUCAGAGCGCGGAGCCCGAGUGCGAGAGCAUUGAGAUUCCAGUUCGACCUCCAAGAAACAAAAAGAGUGUGGAAAAACGCGAUCAUUCAUUAGACAGCAGACUGAAGCCAGUAGAGAAGAAGAAAUCUGCAACUCUGCCA